AUCUUUGGACUGUGGGACGCAGACACAGGGAGAAUGUGCCGACUCCGCACAGACAGUUACCCGAGGCUGGAAUCGAACCCGGGUCUCUAGAGCUGUGAGGCUGCAGUGCUAACCACUGAGCCACCGUGCCGCCCUAGGGCAGAACGAGAUGAAUGGCUUCACUCCCCCGCCUGUGGGAUGGUUUCCUUCGUUUCGAGCCUGGUUGUAUAUGAACGCAAUUUGAUGGUGGUUUGAACAGUGUUCUUCAUUUCGUCUGGUUGUCACAUCCCAACUAGAAUAGAAGGUACAACGACGAGGAAAAACAAAUACAAUUUAUUAAUUAAGCUCCAGUUGCUUUCGGGAGGCGCACUUGAAACAACACCUCAAACUAUUUUUUAAAACCUUCCGAAGAGGAAUAAUCUCCCAACGCAAUCUUACACGUAUUAUCUCAUGCUCUCCGGCCCGAUUGUCGUUCAAUCAGAGCAUGAGCCUGCCUGUCACUCCACAGAAUAGCCCAAUCAAAAUUGGAGGGAAUGGACCUGUCCUCUGAGUUGGUACUGCGCUCAUCAUGUAAAGAUUGACUGUGAAGGUUAAUAGGAAAACCAGGGGGAAUCGAAAAUACUCAUCAUAGCAGCUGUCAACGAUUUUAGACCAACAUCCUCAAACAUUAAAUGCCGAAUUCAAGCAAGAAAAAUUGAAAAUGCAGCAGGAUUCUGAAGACUCAGUGGCAGACUCACUGAAGAACUGUGGAAUUGGAGCUAUCUCUAGCUGUCUUGCGACAUUUCUGACGUUUCCAAUUCACAAGACAAUUUUCCGACAGCAAAUCCAUGGUUUUGUUAUCCGAAAAGCUGUCACUCAACUCUGUCAAGAAGGCCUUAUCAAGUUUUACAGAGGAAUUCUUCCUCCACUCCUAGCCAAGACCAUCCAAGGUACCUUGCUGUUUGGUGUUUACGAUAGCCUCAUUAGAAAUAUCUCAACAGAGGAUACAUAUUUGUACCAUCGCUGCAUUGCAGGAUCCCUAUCUGGAAUCAUCGAAGCAUUGGCCUUGACCCCAUUUGAACGUGUCCAAAAUGUCCUUCAGGACCACAGGAAAGAUGUCAAGUUUCCCAAUACCCAUAGUAUCCUAAAGGAGUUUAAUUCUUACAGCUUUAAAAAUAAGUUACAACUUGGGUACUAUCGAGGCUUCCUCUCCAUUCUCCUGAGGAAUGGAACAGGCAGUGCCCUUUAUUUUUCUUUCAAAGACCCAGUUAAGGAUUUAUUCUUGGAGCGAGGCAUACCUAGUGGCAUUUCUGCUUUUGUUUCUGGGAGUUUCAAUGGAAUGAUGGUGUGUUUCAUCCUCUAUCCACUUAGUGCAGUGAUUGCAAACGUGCAGUCUCACAUUGGAGAAAAGAAAAUGAGCCUUUGGAAUUUCAUUGCAAAAUUCUGGGUAUCUCGUGCCCGAAGCUUGUUGUACAUAUACAGAGGUGGUUCCCUGGUCAUACUGAGGUCCUGCAUAACCUGGGGAAUAACCACAACUAUUUAUGAAUUUUUAAAGGCAUCACAUUUUUCUGAAAAUUAGUGCUAUUUAGAAUAAUUUAAGAUUUCUUUUUCUGGACAAACUGAGUAACCCAUACAUUUUUCAGGCUAUUUAGAAUAACUUUGAUGAACAUAUACGGAAUUGUAUAACAACAUUUGGAAAUGACAGAGUUAUAAAGUGUUGUAAUUUGGUAGAGAGAGCAAGACAUUCUGAGUCUUUAAUUCUGAACAAGAUUCUUAUUAGAAUCAAAAUGUUAGCUUGAUCCAUAGAGAAAAAUCAGAGUUAACAUUUUGGGCCCAGUGACCCUUCCUCAGAACUGAUGGUAGCUAGGAAAAUGUUUGUUUUUAUGCAGAAGAUAGGAUGGGGAUAAGGAUUAAAUGAUGGGUAGAGAUAGAGUCCAAGGAGAAAGGUGAACAGUUGGACAGACAAAGGAGUGAUUAGCCUAGGAGAAUGAAUAGCUACUAAUGGGUUCUACUAAUGGCUAACAAUGGGUCAUGUAUAAUAGUGCACCAUGUGACAACAAGGCCAGGUAUGUGCGAGUUGGUGUAUGGACAUGGAAGAAGGUGCCUCAAGCUAUAAAAUUGUUGAAUUGUUGAAAAUUUGAUACUGUGAGUGGAAAAAGAAUAUCAUGCAAAGACUUUGCAAAGGAAGAAACUUUCCAACUCAAACCGAGACCUAGGUCCAAAGGAUUAACUGAAUUGAGGAUCUUCGCAGUUGACAACAGCUUGAUAGCAUCACCAAAAAUAAAAGACCCGUGGGGAAGUCACUUAAUUCUGCCUCUUUUGAGUUGAAUCUCUCAACCACAGACUUUGUUCCUUUUUGCCAAUAUUUUGCACCCUCAAUUUUCCUGAAAGAACUCUCACCUCUCCUGCCUGACUUUUUUGUGAAUGGAUGUGUGCAUUGUUGGAUUUAAAGGGGUAUAAUUGAAGUUUGCGUAUUCAUAAUUAAAAAUACAUUUUGCUAUGUUAGAGGCUAAAUUUGUAACAAUGAAUAAGUUUCUGUUUUCUUGUUCUUUGAUGAAACCCAGGAUAAGUUUCAUUCAUCUUGAAUAGUGGUACACUCAGAUUAAAUUGCUCAGAAUUCUCACUCAUGAUUCAUGGAACAAUAGGGUUUGAUUUCCAGCACAUUCUUCCCAUUACGUCAUGACACACUAUUCUCCUGCUGUGAUCCCAUUUUUCAUCUCCAAUAACAUGAACUCAUCCAAAUUAUGCUAUCCAGUGUCUGUAACUUGCACCGAGUUUCAUUCACACAUUAUUGCUGUGCUUACUGACCUAAUAGUCUGGAACCCCUUAGUUUUCAAUUUUUUAUCCUUUGUUUCACCCAUAUACCUGUAAUAUCGUCUGGUCCCACAAUUUUCCUAUCCCACACUGACCUAUCUGAGCUCAUACAAUCCUGGCCACUUGCACAUUCUUGAUUUUAAUUGAUCCAGCAUUGGCAGCCAUGUCUUUGACUGCCUAGGCCUUGAAACCCAGAAUUCUUUCCAAUUCUUGACUCAUGCACAACUUUCUUUAGAACCUACCUCUUUGUUCAAGCUAUAGAGAUAACAAAGUGUGAAGGUGGAUGAACACA